GUAUUUCAGAACAUGUGACACAAAACACGGAAUCCCAUAUGCUCUUCAGAUCCCUUAGCAAGGGUUGAUGUAGAAAUUUUCUUUGCACUGAUUGGCUGACGAUUUACUGUUGAGACAAGAUGUGUGCUCAGUUUGUAUAUGUAUAUGCGCGCGAUGCGAUUCAAGUUUGCGCAUAUUUACAGAUGUUUACAGAUGUCGCUAAUGCUAAGAAAUUGUAAAUGUUUUCAUGAAAUACGUACUAUUGAAACGUAUGAUACAUUUAAAAUAUUUAUCUCUCUACGAAUCAUAUAUCUAAUUUAUAAAUUAUAUGUUACCUGUAAUCUACAGAACAAACACUACAUAGAAUGUUGAAUAAUAGAAUGUUUUCAUAUAAAAAAUUGUUUACCGAGAUUGCUGUAGCUUUGUUAUGUUUAUUUAUUUUCUGUGAAUACAUACUUUAUUAUCUUGUGCUCAUUCAGUGUUCAUGGCCUGUUUUGGAUCCACAUAAACUUGAUGCAAAAAUUCCCAAACCAAGCGCAGAAGAACUACCUGUGCAUGCAAUGUUUAUAGCAGAUACUCAUUUAUUAGGUUCCAGAAAAGGACAUUGGCUUGACAAAUUAAAAAGGGAAUGGCAAAUGUACAGAGCAUUUCAAACUAUGGUUACACUGCACAAGCCAGAUAUAAUCUUUGUGUUAGGUGAUUUAUUCGACGAGGGACAAUGGAGUAGCUCUUCAGAGUUUGAGCAAUACAUCGAAAGAUUUCAUUCGCUAUUUUCUGUACCACGAAACACUCAUCUGUAUGUUGUUGCUGGAAAUCAUGACAUUGGAUUUCAUUAUGUUAUUACACCAUCCUUAAAUCAACGAUUUGUGAAUGGUUUAAAGGCACCAAGCGUGAAGAGAGUUACUAUAAGGGGGAACCAUUUUGUUUUAAUUAAUAGCAUGGCUCUAGAAGGAGAUGGCUGCUUUUUAUGCCGUCCUACAGAGAUCGCACUAAAUAAAAUUGCAACGCAUUUGAAAUGUGCAAAAGGUACAGGCAAUCAUUGCGAUAAAACAAAUGUUAUUUCAAGAUAUAGCAGACCAAUCAUUUUACAGCAUUAUCCAAUGUAUCGUGAAUCUGAUGAAAAUUGCAAUGAACUCGAUCAAGCACCGGAUGAUAUAAAAGAUAUCAAAUUCAGAGAAAGAUGGGAAUGUCUAUCGAAGGAAGCAUCUGAACAGCUCUUAGAUAUAUUACAUCCAAGACUGAUUGUUAACGGCCAUACUCAUCACGGCUGUAGAAGAAUACACAGGGAAGAUAUAUUUGAAUUUACAAUAUCAUCGUUUAGUUGGCGUAAUAAAGAUAAUCCUUCACUCUUAUUAGCAAUUGAUGAGAUGGAACAAAGGGAUCUCCCACAGGCAUUCCGCCUACUCGGGGAGAUGAAUGCCAAUGUUCUACAAGUAAACCAACUUGUAGACAAUAUGCUGGUUCGUGUAAAAAAUGGAGAGAUUUCUACAGACAAGGGUCUUAGUUUCUUAGAAAUGAAAUAUCACAUGUUACUUUCCUAUUUAAUUAAUUUGACUUACAUAGUUUUAAGAAAAUGUUCAGGAGAACGUAUAGAAGGAGAUCCAUCAAUUGAUCGUUUAAUUGAAAUCAGAACUGUCCUAGAGAAAAUCCGACCAAUAGAUCAGAAACUUAAAUAUCAAAUAGAUAAACUUGUUAAGACUGCUGUAACUGGUACUACUAACAGUGAUGACCCAAGUAAUUUUAAAGCAAAUCCUGAUGCACUUAUUGGGAAAAUCGAGAGCAAUGACGAUGAAUCCGAUAGCGAUCAAGACGGUGAAAUGGAUGGUUUCAAAUCGACACAGUCAAGGAAGUCUAAUAUUUAUAUACCACCGAAACUUGCUGCAGUACACUAUGACGGAGAUGAGACUGUUGCAGAGAAAAUGCGUAAAGCAGGUGAAAGAGCUCGCAGACGUGCAGUCUCGGGUGCGGUUUUGAGAGAAUUGAAAGAGGAAUAUUUAGAUGCCCCUAUCGAAGAUACUCAUGGCCUCAGUGAGAAACAAAUCAGUAUGGGUCGUGAAAAUAAACGGAAGAUAGAAUACGAAGAAACAUACAUGACACGUUUGCCAGUAACUAAACAAGAAAAACACAGACGUCGCAUGAUGACUACUGUCGGUACACUUGGAGAAGAAAUUACAUCUUUCGGAGAGUCAUCCGCUGUGUCUGCUAAGAAAAGGAAAACUCAGAAAAAGGGUAAAGCUAAAAGAAAAAAAACGGCAUCACUAAGUCAGCUUUAUAACAGUUCGAAAAGCUGAAUUUCGUACAGCAUUAAUAAUUAAGGUAAAAUGCAAAAAAAAUUUACUUCGAUUCUUCUUGACAAAAGCAGAUGCCAUUAAUACUCGUUAAUAAGUUAAGCUAAAUAACUCAUAACAUCUAGUAAUUAAAAAUAAAAAGCAACCGUCGACGGUGAAGUAAAAUAGCACGAUGGUAAUUUAUUACUGCAUAAGACAUACUAAUGGUCGUGUAAUUGAUAAUUAUAGUUAAUAAUGAUUUUAAUCUUUAAUUGUUGUCUGAAAUCAAUUUUUAUCUAUGGAGUUGAAGUAUUCCGUGAAUUGCAAGAAAAUAUUCCAAUAUAUGAGAAAAUAAUGUCAAGGUACAUACGAGCUUAACUUAUAUAAAAAAAAAAAAAAAGAAAAUUACGUGUAACCGUGACACAAUUAAUCAAAUAAUGGAUUUCGGCUCCAAGAUUUAAAAUUGUAAGUUAAACGUAAAAGUUGAAGGCAGAAGACUUUUCUGCUUUAUUUUGAGAUAUUCUCCAGCUAUAGAAGAGAGAGCGAGAGAGAGAGAGAGAGAGAGAGAAAAAAAAGAACCGGUAACAUAGCAGGAGGGAUGAUAUUGAAUUAAUUGUUACAGAAGCGUAAAAAUCACAAGACAUUCAGUGCAAGCAUUAGAAAAAUUCAAACUUUAAUAAGAGACAAGUGGUUCUAGAAAUUGCAAAGCGUUCUGCAACUUCUGAGAAUAAUGUUCAUCGUGCGAUAUCGCAUGUCUUAGGAUUUUCUCGCUAUUUUAGAGUAGUGAAGUAGUUAAUAGUUUUACUAUUAUAUGUAUAUUUCGUUUGUGUUUUUCCCCUGGUGAACUGUUGAGGCUAUUAUAUCUCGAUGUGAGUCAUAUUUUAUGUUAAGUUUCACCUUUUUUUGAAGAUGAAGAAAAGAAAAACAAUGUGUUCGUGCAUUGCAUUUGUUGUUUUCACUUUGAGAAUUAAUUUCACUUAAGUCGUUAACUUAUAUUAAUGGUAAUAUAAGGAUAACACGAAUGUGUCAAAAUUCAAAAUUGAUGUCGUCAAUUUCUCGAAUACUAUAUUUUUAUGUUUACUGCGUUUAGUUUCUUAG